UCAUCGUCCUCGCUGCUGCCUCUGUUCCGCCCUCCUCCUCCCCCUCCCCCUCCCCUAUCUCUCUCUUCUUUCCCUGUGCUCCUCUAUCUCUAAAGCUAUUCUUAUCGUAUCUCUUCUAUAGAUUUCUUCUGCUUCUCUGAAUCUUUCUCGCAUCCAAGUGCCAGAGGUUGAGAGACGAGAACUCCGGUUCUUUGGAGAACGCCAUUGAUGCGCUUCUCUCGAGAAAGCUAUGCGAUUUUUCGAGAGUUUUGAACGGCGACCGCUCGGUGAAUCCCCUCGGCAUUGGACAUGAUGAGAUACAGAGUAAGCCCAGAUUGCGUCCCGCUCAGCAAUGGAAGGAAGCACAGCCUGAGAGCCUGCAAGGAAGAGGACGCCGACAACGGUGUCCGGACCCCAAACUUUUCCCCCCUCGAAGGCAAACCUUUUAGGCGCUCCGGAUCGGGAUCGACCGCGCAUCAGGACCACCACUUCUCCCAUGUCUCGUUCCCCUCCGACCCCUCCCACUCCGAGAAUCAACCGCCCUCCUCCUCCUCCUCCGCCGCCGCCGCCUCCACUCCCUCGCCUGUAAAGGCCCAGAGCCACCACCAUGAGAUCAACGGGGUGUCGCCGGGGGGCGGGGAAGUGCUCCUCCAGUGGGGGCACAACAAGAGAUCCCGGGGGUCGAGGGCGGAGAGCCGGGGGGCGGCCGGGGACGAUUCCUCGGCCCACUCACGCGUCAAGAUCCAGCGGAGAUCGGCGGCCGCCGGGUCAGAGAAGCUCGCCGCCGCCGCUGCAUCGGCGGCGAUGCCCCCGCCCUGUGGGUCCUACACGCGCGGUGCCAAUCUCCGCCCCUGCUUGCCCACCCGCGACACCAUGACAUCUUCGUUCAACAGGGGCGUCGAAGAUCGAUCGGGCGGCCUGUCGCGAUCCGACAAGCGAUCCCCGCCUUCCCCGCCGGAGAAGGCCCACAGGACGGCCCCCAACGGCACCGCCACGGACGCCAACCCGGCGGGCUCGAAGCCGCCGUCCGACCAGGAGACAGGCGGCAGCAACGCGGCCGCCCCCACGGUGGAGAAGUUGAACCUGGAGCACUUCGAGUGGCCCAGGAUCUACAUCUCCCUCUCGAGAAAGGAGAAAGAGGACGAUUUUUUGGCCAUGAAGGGCACCAAGCUCCCCCAGCGCCCCAAGAAACGGGCCAAGAACAUCGAUAAAGCCCUCCAGUAUUGUUUUCCAGGGAUGUGGCUUUCGGACUUGACGAGAGGCCGAUAUGAAGUCAGGGAGAAGAAAUGCGUGAAGAAGAAGCGGAGAGGGUUGAAGGGAAUGGAGAGCAUGGACAGUGAUUCGGAGUAGUGAUGGAGAUGAAUAAGAAAAAUAAGAAUCCGAAGCCAAGGCCGAAGAGAGAAAAUUAAGGGGAAAAAGAGGAAGCGAAGAUCGGUCGGUGGAGCAUUUUGCUAUGCUUUUGUUUUGAAGGUUCUCCUCCCAAGAUGCUCUAAGUUUGGCAUCUUGCUGUUUCUUGCCUAUUUUUCUUCCCUUAAAUCUUUGGCUUUUUUUUUUGUUGUUGUUGUUUUUUGUCUUCUUUAAUCUUCUUGGUUGUUCUCUCAAGUGGAUGAAGGAGCCGUUUAGCCCUUUCAAUCCUCGAGUUAUUGUACAGAUCUUCCGUUCCCAUUUUAAUGAGAAGAAAUUCAUCGAAUGCAAUUAAAACA